AUGCAAGAAUUAGCUCGAUUGACACCUGGUGUGCUCUGGAAGCAUGCAGAUGUUGAGGAGCCACUCAAGUUGCGACGAGAAUCAGCAGUGGAGUUGGUCGGCAUGGGCGUCAUUAUUUUCGCGACUGCCCUCGGCGCGCUCGCCCUCUAUUCACAGCGGAGGGCGACUAGUAUGAAGGCGCACAAGGCUCUGAGAGUUGCUGUUAUCAAAAAGUUAAAACGGCAGUAG